AUGCGUCUUUUAGUGCGAUUCGCACUAGCGAUCUUCCUUUGCUUAAUACUCAUUGCUGUUUAUGAAUACUCGAACAUACGUCAACGUGUUAUUUCACGUAGUGAUCCAAAAACAGAUACAGAUGAAGUAGUCCGUAUAUUGCUUAUGUCGGAUGAUCCAACAUCUAGCUGGGAAACAAACGUAAAUGUUACGUUCAACGUGAUCGUGGUAUUAAUUAUUUCGCUGCUCAGUAUCGCCUUGCUUAUUACGGGUAUAAUUGUGAUUGCUCUAACAUUAGAUUCAUCGGUAAUCGAUAAUGAAAAUGGUGAUUUGGAUGAGACAACAACUAAUUUGCGGAAGAAUGAAACGGUGAAAUCGAAUUUAUUGGAUCAAAAAGAAGGGUGUAUUUAA